UCGACCUGCUGCCACGGCCGCUGGGUGGAUCAAUUAUUCCCAGUGGUGGCAUCAGUGAUCAAAGAUUUGGCUUUGUGGUCUCACCAUGGACAAAUGGAUUCUCUGUUGAAUGGGGGAUGACGGAGAGGCUGGAUUGUUGGACUUUACUGUGUCCUUAGUCUCUUGAGUUCAGUUUGGUUCAGAAUUUUGUGUCCACCAGGAAGAACAACUCUGACAUCUGAACCAGCUGCUGACUUGGGACACCCACAAAGCCGGAAGCAAGUUGGAGCCCUGCCAGGCCGCCUAUGCCAUGGAUUCCAAGGUCAGCAACGGUUCAGGCCUCCAGGAUGAGCGCAUCACAAACUUGCUGGUGUUUGGCUUCCUCCAAAACUGCUCCAACUCUAAUUUCCACAAAGAGUUGGAGGUGCUGGGCCGUGAACUGCCCAUGCCGGCUUACCUGCAGGAGGACCACGAUGAUGGGCUGCAGACAGAUGGCAACCGCUGCAGCUACUUCCUGGCAAGUGGGGAGAGAGAUUCUCAGGGUCAAGAAGAAAUCAUCCAGGAUAUCGCCAGGCAGCUCGCCGUAAUAGGGGACAAUAUGGAUCGCAGCAUCCACCCAGGACUGGUGAAUAACCUGGCAAUGCAGUUUAUGAAUGUGAACCUGUCGGAAGAAGUAAGUGAGAAAAUCCACCACUGCCUUUUCUGGGUUAGUCAGGAAGUGUGAGAACUUUUUUCAGUGGUCAGUUUU